AUGGUGAGCGCUGCACUUGUUCGUACCGUUAUCGGCAUUAUAGGGAAUGUGAUCUCUUUCGGCUUGUUUUUCUCACCAGCGCCAACAUUCUAUCGGAUAAUAAAGAAAAAGUCCGUGGAAGAGUUCAAACCCGAUCCAUAUAUAGCAACGGUUCUAAACUGUGCGUUUUGGGUGUUCUAUGGGCUUCCUUUCGUGCACCCUCACAGUGUUCUUGUGGUUACCAUCAAUAGCGUUGGCCUUGUCUUCGAGUUCGUCUAUCUCACCAUUUUUUACAUUUAUGCCACUAACAAAGGACGGAGGAAGGUACUGCUCUUUCUGGGAUUAGAGGCUGUGUUCUUUGCCGCUGUUGCUCUUAUAACGUUGCUGGUACUACAUGGCACUCACAAAAGAUCGUUAGUGGUUGGUGUACUGUGUGAUAUAUUUAAUAUCAUGAUGUAUGUCUCUCCUCUUACCAUCAUGGCAAAAGUUAUAAAAACGAAGAGUGUGGAAUAUAUGCCGUUUUGGCUAUCUCUAACUAACUUCCUCAAUGGAGUGUGCUGGACAAUAUACGCUCUCAUCCACCCUUUUGAUAUUUACGUCCUGGUAAGUAAUGGAAUUGGAGCCUUGUCUGGACUGAUUCAGCUGAUACUAUAUGCUUGUUAUUGUUCCUGUAAUAAUGGAGAGAAGAACGGUGAUGGUGAUGACACUGUGUCAACUACAGUGGCUAAGGGAAAUAUUGAAUUAGUUUGA